GGAGAAAGUAAGAAGUUUGAAGAAAACAGUUGAAUAAAUGGAUAUAGCCUCAACUGAGGAAGAAAGCAAAAAUAAAGAAAAGAAAAAAGUAGAGGAGAAGACUCAGGAAGAAGAAAGACAGGGAGAGCAGUCGCAAAACGAAGGACCAAAAAGGAAUAAUAGCAGCAGUAAUAGCAGCUGUAAUUCACAAAUGUCUGGAAAAAAAAUGCGAAAAAUUGUUAAACGCUUAUUGCAUUAUGCGGCACCCGGAGGAGCCGCCAGAGGCUUCCGCGGCAGAGGAAGAAGGGGCUACCGC